GACAUGUCCCAGGGAGAGGGGGCGGCAGCUUGGCGGUUUCCGGGGUGACGGCUCCGCUCCCGAGGCCUGAGUCGGGGGAACAGAGCAGUGGGUGACCCGUGGAUCUUUCGGUCCCGUCGCUCGGAGAUGGAGUUUCAGCUGUAACAGCAGCAGGAAGGAGAGGCGCAGCGUCGGCGGAGGAGGGCGGCUCGCCUUCCAAUCCAGUGCUUCCCUGUUUAUUUUUUCUGCAGCCUUUUGCAGUUCUCUUCACCCUUUCUUAGCUCCUGAUUGACUCAAAGGGUCUAAUUUGUUUAAGAGUCAGUUUCUACAGUUUACCUGUUUAGAACCCAUAGGAAGGAAGUACCAUUAUGUAUGCAUCAACCAAGUACAGCAGUCGGGGCCCUACCCUUAUUCCCAGAAUGAAAACUAAACACCGAAUUUACUACAUUGCCCUGUUUUCAGUUGUGCUUCUUGGACUUGUAGCCACAGGAAUGUUUCAGUUCUGGCCACAUACAAUUGAAGCUACAAAUGAGUGGACAUUUGAAAAACGCAGUAUCCAUGAUGUUCCAGAAGUCAAGCUAGCUGAAGACAGUCCAAUUCCUGAACGAGGUGACUUGAGCUGUAGAAUGCACACUUGCUUUGAUGUAUACCGUUGUGGAUAUAACCCCAAGAAUAGAAUAAAAGUCUACAUCUAUCCACUGAAAAAGUAUGUUGAUGCAUAUGGCACUGUGCUCAGUAACACUAUCUCCAAAGAGUAUAAUGAAUUGUUGACUGCCAUUUCAGAAAGUGACUUCUACACAGAUGAUGUAAACAGGGCAUGUUUGUUCAUUCCUUCUAUUGAUGUGCUUAAUCAGAAUAACCUUAGGAUAAAAGAAACUGCACAGGCAUUGGCCCAGCUAUCCAGAUGGAAUAGAGGGACAAACCAUUUGCUGUUUAAUAUGCUUCCAGGAGGCCCUCCUGAUUAUAAUACUGCACUCGAUGUUCCACGUGACAGAGCCCUUCUGGCAGGUGGAGGCUUUUCCACGUGGACAUAUCGACAGGGUUAUGAUGUUAGCAUUCCAGUUUUUAGUCCGUUAUCAACAGAUGUCAAUCUACCUGUGAAGCAUCCUGGGUACAGAAUGUAUUUUAUCUUGUCUACACAAACUGCUAUCCACCCAGAAUAUCGCACUGAGCUGGAGGCCAUAGAAGCAGAACAUGGAGAUGCUCUGCUAAUCCUAGACAAAUGUACCAACUUAUCAGAAGGUGUACCUUCUACACGAAAACGUUGCCACAAAAAUCAAAUCUUUGACUACCCACAGAUUCUACAGGAGGCCAUGUUUUGUAUUGUAUUGCGUGGAGCACGUCUUGGGCAAGCUAUCCUAAGUGAUGUCCUUCAAGCAGGAUGUGUUCCUGUAAUUGUUGGAGAUUCUUACAUCCUCCCAUUUUCAGAAGUACUGGAUUGGAAAAGAGCCUCUGUGGUCAUACCUGAAGACAAGCUUUCAGAAAUGUACAGUAUUUUAAAGACUAUUCCUCAGCAGCAAAUUGAAGACAUGCAGAAACGGGCACGGUGGUUCUGGGAAGCUUAUUUUAAGUCAAUGAAAGCCAUUGCACUUGCUACUCUGCAAAUUAUCAAUGACAGAAUCUAUCCAUAUGCUGCAAAGUCAUACGAGGAUUGGAAUGAUCCAACUGUUGUGAAAGUGGUGAGUGUGAGCAAUCCUCUCUUCCUCCCACUCAUUCCACCUCGAUCACAAGGCUUCACUGCUGUCGUCCUCACGUAUGACCGUGUUGAAAGUUUAUUCCGAGUGAUCACGGAAAUUUCUAAGGUGCCCAGCCUUUCCAAAUUGCUGGUUGUGUGGAACAAUCAGAAUAAGAGCCCCCCUGAAGAGUCACUGUGGCCCAAGAUCGGAGUACCCCUCAAAGUUGUAAGAACCAAAGAAAACAAACUGAGUAAUAGGUUCUUUCCUUAUGAUGAGAUUGAAACUGAAGCUGUCCUGGCAAUUGAUGAUGAUAUCAUCAUGUUGACAUCAGAUGAAUUGCAGUUUGGCUACGAGGUGUGGCGUGAGUUUCCUGACAGGCUGGUGGGAUACCCAGGACGACUUCAUUUGUGGGACCACGAUACUAAUAAAUGGAAGUAUGAAUCAGAAUGGACAAAUGAGGUUUCAAUGGUAUUAACUGGAGCUGCUUUCUAUCACAAGUAUUUUAAUUACUUAUAUACCUACAAGAUGCCAGGUGAUAUUAAAAAUUGGGUGGAUGCUCAUAUGAACUGUGAGGAUAUCGCUAUGAACUUCCUAGUAGCUAACAUGACCGGAAAAGCUCCUAUUAAGGUGACCCCACGUAAAAAGUUCAAGUGCCCGGAGUGCACAGCAAUUGAUGGACUGUCACUGGACCAGACGCAUAUGGUUGAACGGUCAGAAUGCAUCAAUAAAUUUGCAUCUGUAUUUGGGAUCAUGCCACUGAAGGUGGUGGAACAUCGAGCCGAUCCAGUUUUGUACAAGGAUGACUUCCCAGAGAAGUUGAAGAGUUUUCCCAACAUUGGCAGUUUAUGAAAUGCUGGCAUUCAAAAUUGUGACCCUUUUGAGGACACCAUCCUUGUUCUGUAAGAUGUUGUUUCUGCAUGGACCAAUCACUGCGUGAUUUGAAACCAUUGUCAGCAAUUCACAGUUUUCUUCUGCCUCGUUUUUGAAGAUUAUAACUUUAAGAGAUGUAAUGCAGAGAACUCUGUGACUUUUUUUUUAGUAUAAAUGUUACCAAAUAGCCCGUCAUGACAGAGAAUUAUUUUCUUUUUCAAACAAAAAUGUGUUGUGUGUUAUGAAGAUUAUUGAAGAUUACAAACUCAAAUACAACUCUUCACAAUGACAAUAUAUGGAAAACCUCAUCUCUCAUUGGAUUAACAUCAAAAGGAUUUGUGACAAUUAUGUUUCCCAACUUGCCAAAGUUGGACCAUGUACUGACUGCUCCAUUUGCAGUGUGCCUACCUACAGUCAUAAACUGCAUGUUUGUUGUCUUUUUGUUUGUCUUAAUUGGUUAUUCCCUGGUAUAGCAUUCAGUAAUACUUGAAGUGAACUUACCUGCAGAUGGAACACAAUGAAAUAUUUUCAAUCUAAACUGCAAAUAUUCAACAUUGUAAUUGCAAUGUUCUGCUAAAAAUAAUCUCGUGCUCAUGUGUCCUCAUUAAUUAUUGCUGAUGAUGAUAAUCCCUUACUUUUAAUACCUAUCUUUUAUUUCCUCACGGUAGCAGUACGCACUAAUAGUUUUUGAGAGUAUUGUUUUAUUAGGGAUGCUGAGUUAAUAUAUUUUACAUGAUGUAUUUAGCCCAUAUUAGGUAGGGAACUUAAUGAUUGCUGUCUUGUUAAAAAGAGUAGUUUAUGUUCUCCAGUGGUUCAGUAAGUCACACACUAUACAGUGUGCUUGUGAGGUAGACAAACAAUGUUGCUGUCAAAAUGGAGCUUGAGGAUAUUGGUGGAUGGGGUCAAUGAGUGGCGUGCAGAAAGAGUUUUUUAAAGUUGUUAAAUUAUGGCAUGGGUUCAAAAAUUCAGGUAAAGCUGCUUCUCCCAGUCAGAGGUCCAAGUUGAAAUGCACAGCCAUUGAACAUUGAGUGAGUAGGGGCCAUGAUUAAUUGUUUUUUGUUUCUUCCCCACUUUUCACCUGCUAUUCCCUUCUCACCCCCUUCCAUAACCCAAAUCAAUUCAUGAACCAGUGUUUGAGAGUUGCUGGGAGACUGCUUUCAUCCAUGCAACCAUAGUUGGGGAUGAAUCAUUGUUCUGAGAUGGGAGGGAAAAAAAGAUUAAAAAUUAGCCAGCAGAGCCUGAUUCUGACUUAGAUGCAGAAAAGGCAUUCUGAUAUUUUACAAGAUGAAAGUCCUAGGAUUCUCAAAGCAUGGGCUUUGCACAGCUGGCUGCAAGUCAGAGAUAAAAAUGUUUGGGAUUCACUAGACUAGUUGCCUGGAAAAUGUAUCGGUAGUAUAUUUCCUAGGCUGCUGCGGUUAGAACAUAAAUUAGUUUUGCUUGUAGGAUUUAGGAAAUCGCAUGAAGCCUCUUCUAUAGGAAGCCCCUAUAUGCAAUAAAAGCACCUUAACAAAAUUUAAGAUACUGACAAUACUGAAUUGUACCACACAGUCAAAUGAGGAAUUUUAUCAAAUUCGAAAGAUACGUUAGACAUCUGUUGUAAUUCAAUCUUCCUGAGAUAAUAUAGCAACUUUAGAUUGGUGAAGGCUUUUGCACAUUUUUGAAAACUAAUACUUUCUUCCAAAGAGCUGCCUAUUGAAUAGCACUGUGAUUAUAAUGUUUGUUUUUUUAAUUGAUGAUCAUGAUAGAUAUCAUUGUUAGAAACCAAGAUUGUUCAUGAUUUAUAGAGCCUUUUAUACUGUGUAAUAUUUUCCAGCAGCUGCUUUAUUCCAUUUUAACCCUGCAAAAUCCAACUGUUAAUAGGCUAAUCCCAGGAGUGUAUUCUGUGGUAGUUUCUGAGAUGAAGUCCAUCACAAGAAGCCAGAAAAGGUGUGAGUUUCAUUUGUUUUGCUUCAGAGUUGUCGCAUAAUAUCAGGGUGCAUUGUGCUACCAUCACUGGACUGGUUGGCACAAAAUGCUUCUGAGACAAUUAAUGAAUAUAACUCAUUGAAAGAAAACAGAAACAAUGGCAUCGGAAUCAUGCAUUACAGGGAUCGAAUUGUUGGAAUCACACUGGUGCUCAAGUUUUGAUGUUUUAUAUCAGCUCUGUGUAUUGCUAUUUCUGCAUCAGACAACUAUUUGUCAGUCGUUUGUGUUUUCAUAUUUUCCCACCAUUAGUGAUCAGUAAUACAAGUAAAUGCAUAACUAUGUAGUGAUGAUGUAUUGAAUGUUGGACAGCAACAAUGUAGAAGAAAAUGCUGGUCGAGUUUGAAGCAGCUAUGAUUUGCUAUCAUGAGUUGUGUACGUUUUUAGUAAACCUUGAGCAAUUCUUGAUUUUUUCUAACAUAAAAAGAACUUAGAUUUAUACAUCUCCCCUACAUUGACACCAGAGUACUUUGAAAAGUAAUUCUUCUAAGUGUAGUUACUUACGUUGGAAAAUAAAACUGCUUUUCUACACAGGAACGUUCCAUCUGUUUUUAGGUGGCAGCGGUUGAGAGAGAAAUGUUGGCUCAGAGAUACAAAUAUUUACAAAGUUGCUGACACUGUUUACAAGUUCUAUGAUUACAAAACUAAUUGCAUUUAUGGGAAUUUGAUCCAGAAUUGUAACAAAAAUGGACUCCUUGUCAAACCAAAUAUUAAGAAUCUGUUUUUAAUGCCCUUUUAUUCUGCUGCAACUCUUUGAAAUCAUGUUAUAUACUUAGUUGUUCGAACUCCUCUUCUCUAAGUUGAAGAACAGUGGUUAUUUGUCAAUUAAGUUUUGAAAAAACUGGAUUUCAUGCUGUGGUUUAAGCACUUUAACUCCCUUAUUCUUUUACUAUCAGAAUGUAUAUGAGGAGGUGGCUGAAUUGCCAUAAGAUUGAACUGCUUAGUGUAGAAAUUCACAACCCCUUAUGCAUACAUUCUAUACAGUGCAAUUGAUUGACUUAUAAAGCUUCCCUGAUGAGCCAGUGGAUCUGGUAAGGCACCAAGGCACCUGAGUCAAUUGGUUUCGGUUUUGAUUUCUGUUGUGUACUAAACUACCAGUGGCUGACUAAGCCAACUGAAUGACUUUGACAUUGUUGUUGUUUUGACUGGGGAAAGGAACAAUCAUCCAGAGUUCUUGUUUCUAUCAGCUGAUUCCUACUGAAAACUGAAUUGAUGAAUCUUCCCCCACCCAACUGAUAUGGUGUGCUGACCUUUGUUGUCCAUGUUCAGGAUUGUCAGCUGGCCAUUAUAACAAAAGGCUUUUUGCAUAACUGCAGUCAUCCCAUUGGAGUGGGGAUGGUACAGCUUUUGUUUUUAACAGGUUGGUCCAAUACUCUGAUCAAAAAUCUCAUAUUUUGGAUUUGAAUGGAAUCCAAGAAUCCUACAAAAACAAGCGUGAUGAAAGCAUUUUGCAGCAGAAUGCAUUGAGCGUACUAUACAAAUAUGGCUGUAAAAUAUUUUUAGACAUCACAACUGUUAAACGAAGAAAUGUUCUUCAUAGUUUGUUUAAUCCAAAAUUUGCAGUUUUCUCUCAAGUGCUGGCUCACAACUUGGAGCAAAUUACUUCUGCCUUCCAACUUCAUCGGACAUUCCCAUUAGUUCUCUCAUUCCACUACCCCUUUUCUCCAAGACUUUCCAGUCCUGAGGAUUCAAAUUGAGGCCAUUAACUUGAAAUGUUAAUUCCAUUUCACACUCCAUAGAUGCUGCCUACCUUUCUGAGGAUUUCAGUCAUAUUCUGUUUUUAUUUUGGGACAAAAAGGCAUUGGGUUACAUUAAAGGAUAAAGAUAGCUUUGAAAUUAGAAUUCUCUCCACACAGAAUGAUUAAUAAUUGAAAUGACUUCUGAAUAAGAUAGUUUCGAUAGGGAAUAAGGUAAGCUUUUUGCUGGGUGGCUGGGUGAGAUGAAAUUGGUCAAAUGGUUGUAACUGAACUGUUCUGAAGAAAUCGUAUUGGACUUGAAUCAUUAACUCUGUAUUGUUCUCUGCACCGAUGCUGCCGGACCUGCAGAGUUUCUCCAGUGCUUUCUGUUUUAAGUUCACAUUUCUAACAUCGGCAGUAUUUUGCUUUUAUUAGAUUUAGUCAUUUCAGUUAUUUUAAGUGGAAAUUGCAUGGAUAUAUGAAACAAGUGAACCACAUUGAGCCUUAAAAUCGUAUUUCAGGUUUUGCAAAGCAUAUGGCUCAUCCAUUGCCAUUGAUAUUUUCCUGCAAUCCUUGCAUCAAAGUAGCAAAAUCCAUCACCUAUAUACGACCUCUUAUCAACUUCUAAUUGUAUUGUUUGAUUUAAUGUCAUUGUACUUUAUUUGCAAAUGUUAUCUGUCAGUUAAUUAUUGCAUACUGCUGUGUAUUUCAUAACUGAACAGUACGGUUAAAUGGAACUCAUUAGAUGGCCACUUGCAAGUCAUUUAUUAAAUAAAUUCACUUUAUAUCACACCCAAUAUGUCCUGUCUUAAUCGGACCAACUCAUAAAUGUACUUACUAAGUGAUUACAAAUCUGUAAAUAUUUUUCAGUGUAAUCCAACUGAGAUGUUAUUUUACAUUAAUGUCACAACUGGCACAGUUUGUGGCUCAACCCCUAAUGUGUUGACAGGAUAUUGACUUCUCUUAAUUUGUGAACCAUGGAAUAACACAAAACGAUUUUGUUUUCACUCUUGUGCUCAAUGCUGUUAGCAGCAUUUUGGACAAAUUUGUACAGUAUCUUAAUUAUAAAAUCAAUAAUGCUUGAAUUAUUAAGAUGUACAUUGUUGAAAUUUUUAUUAAAAUUUUUAGAAUAUAGAAGGA